AUGAUGGUUCUGUGCUAUCGAUUAUUUCUAUAAUCGAGGAUAUGGAAGCAAUAUCAAUUUUUAUAAACAACCAUUUUCGUAUAAAUUAAAAUGUUUUAUGAACAUAUUAUAUUGGCUAAGAAAGGUCCUUUGGCCAGGGUUUGGUUAGCUGCGCAUUGGGAUAAAAAAAUAACAAAAGCCCAUGUUUUUGAAACUAACAUAGAGAAGUCUGUGGAAGGCAUUUUGCAGCCGAAAGUAAAAUUGGCGCUAAGGACAUCUGGCCACUUGUUAUUGGGUGUUGUACGAAUCUAUUCGAGAAAGGCGAAAUACUUAUUGGCAGAUUGCAAUGAAGCAUUUGUCAAGAUUAAGAUGGCAUUUCGCCCAGGGAUGGUUGACCUACCUGAAGGACAUAGGGAAGCGAAUGUUAAUGCCAUAACACUUCCAGAAGUUUUUCAUGAUUUUGAUACAGCGUUGCCCGAGCUAAAUGAUAUUGAUAUUGAAGCUCAAUUCUCUAUUAAUCAAUCCAGAGCUGACGAAAUAACAAUGAGAGAAGAUUACGGCAGCUUGUCACUUUCCUUGCAGGAUGACGGUUUUGGUGACAUCGGCUUUGAAUCGGAGACUCCAGAAGUGAUGCGCGGUUCUUUGACUUCAAAUAUCAGUGAUAAACUUUUUGAUUCCGCAUGUCUAGAAAAUAUAGAGUCAUUGGAUCCGCAACCAACCGAAGAUCCGACAGAGUUAUCCGAGCAUCGAUUAGAUGGUGAUGGUUUUGGAGAUUCUUUUGGACAGCCGGAACUUUUUGAAGACGAUUUAUUUGGAGAGUUGCCACAACCACCUGAUCACGGAAUUAAAGAAACAGCCGAAACUCAUGAUGCUGAUAAUUCUGACGAUGAAGUUGUUGAUAAUUUUAAUAACAUUCCUUCUCCUGCAACAUCUCCUGCUCCUUCUAUUGUUUAUGAUAAAGGAGAAAAUACUGCUAGUGACAAUGCCGAUGUUUCUAUUAAUGUGCCAUUGAAUGAGACAGUUCAAACUGAGGAUGAAGGAUUUGCAUUAGCGCCUAUUGACGCAACAAUUUACAAAGGCGUUACAAGAGCCAAACGUAAAAGAAAACUUAUUAUUGAUGAAGUGAAGAAUAUUUCUGGAGAAGAAAUGAAGGCUCAAUUAGCUGAUACGUCUGAUAUUUUAACAACUCUUGAUUUGGCUCCACCCACAAAAAGGCUAAUGUAUUGGAAAGAAACAGGAGGGGUCGAAAAGCUUUUUUCCCUACCAUCAAGGUCUAUACCAGCGAGGUCAUUACUAAAUAACUAUAAUAGGCAAUUGUUUUCACAUUCGACAGUAUUGGAGGACUUUACAUGUGUUGCGCCUCUUGAAAUCCUUGCGCUAGAAUUUUGUGCACAAGAAAACGAAACAUCAUUAAUUAUUUUCAAUAAAAAAGGACGAAAAAGAAAGAAUGAACUUAGUACGAAUAUAAUUUCUGACCAUGUAGCAGAUACACUUAUUCAAAGCUGGGAAGCUCCUGAAGCCGUAAGAGAACAUCAAAAGUCAUUGGGUCUAUCUGUCUUAUCAUUGGAUAUUGCAACUAAGGAUCAUGAAAGUAUUUCUUGCCAAAAUGAUACAAAUAUAUUUGAUAAUAUUCGUAGUCCUGAGUUAUUACCUUUCAACGAUAUGGAACAGUUUUCAUCAAUAAAUGAAAUUCCGUUAACUCCAAGGAAUUCAAAUCAUGAUGAUGAUUUUAAUCACGGAGACUCAACCCCUGCAGGAUUGGAUCACGGUCAAGUUACUCCGCAGCAUACAAGUUUUUGCGACCUUGACAAUGUUCCCCAUCCACCUUCCGACCAAAUAAGUUCUAUAUUGAAAGAAUCUUUAGACAGACCACUAAUGGUUGAAAAUUUGUUUGAUAAAAAUACAAACAUUACUUCAAAGGAUUGGAAUAACUAUGAAGUAUCAAAUUAUGUUGUUCAGAAUCCAAAUGACGAGCAAAUGGAAAAUGAAACGGAUGAACAGUUUGAAGAGCGCGUUUUAAAUAAAAGAGCUGCUCAGCUUUUUAUAGAUGUGAAAACACAUUUAACUGCAAAAGAUAAUAUGACUCUAUCGCAGCUAACAUUAGGAAACUCAAGAAAGCAGGCUGCUCAAAAAUUUUAUUCCCUUCUUGUCUUAAAGAAAUUUAAGGUCCUUCACAUUAUUCAAUCGUCACCCUAUGCCGAUAUUGGAAUUAUGCGAGGACCAACAUUCGAAAAUCCCAAAAUAUAAUGCAUUAGGGAUAAUAUUUAUAUAACAAAUAUAAUAAGAAUA